CUCAAACCAGAAAUAUAAACUUGUAUUUUUCUUUUUUUAAGACAAGUCGACUAGUGGAAAUGUCAAGAACAUUCUGCUUGACAUACCUAACUACCGGUGUAAAUGAAAAAGCACCACUAUAUGACUUUGGCUUUCCGGAAGUCUAGUGAGAACUUUAUUUAAUGUGAUAUGAAUGUAAUUCGGACUCGAAUCCCCUAGAUUUGUUGUUUCAAACAAUGGAAUCACGUGACCAUACUCUAACUCUGGCCAUUCUUAACGGUUCUAUUUGUUUGACUGUUGAGUCCGUAUGUUUGUUUCGCCGUUUCAAAAGUCAAACUUACUAUUUCCAUGUCACGUGGACGAUCAAUACGAAUUAACUAUGCUAUAAUUCUUAAACCAAACACCAAUAAAUACAUAUAUUGAAUUUGUAUUUUCUGUUUAUAAUUUAUUCUCGCACAUACAGGUUGGUGGUCAAUAUUAACGAAUAUAACUCAAUAUAAUUUAUCAGUCGAAAAUGUUAUGACGUUUUAUCGUAUAGUUUUGAAAACUGUUUCAUUUUUUAAGACAUAUGUUAACAUUGGAUGGAUUUAAAUCAUAUACAAAUAUACAACAUAAAAAUAUCGGAUAUUUUAAUAUCUCUCUGUAAAAAAGAAUAUUAGUUGUGACGUGUGUUAAUCAAUUCUUCAUUGAAAAAAAAUUUACGACGGAUUCAGAAACGAAGAAAGAAAGUCUUAUCUACAAGAGAUGAUGAAUAUCGCCCACAGACGGAUUUUAAAAAGUUUCAUAUGGGUGAUCGCCAUAUGCAUUGUUGUGGCCAUUAUGGUAUCUUGGCACGAGUUUGCCAUGCAACAGAACAUGAAAAUCAAAAUGCUUACACAAACACGUGAUGAGGGAGGAAAACCUACGCCUACUUCAAUAAGCAUCGCGGUUACAGCUGGUAUACAUAAUCGUAGUGAAAUCUUUGCCAGUUCUGAGUUCAAGCAUUCACCAAUCACUCAUAUUGGAUUUUUAAAAGUGCACAAAGCGGCGAGCACCACGACGCAAGCAAUAUUUCUACGUUUUGGAUGGCGUCGAAAUUUAACAUUCGUGCUUUCCCCGGAAUAUAACAGAUUUGGAUAUCCAAAUAUCAUAAGUAUAAAUGAGUCAAUAACUAAAUACAACACACUACCUCCUCCACCUGGAAAAACAUUUGAUAUCUUAUGUAACCACGUGGUUUAUGGGGAAAAAGAAUGGUCCUCUGUUUUGCCCUCAGACACGGUUAUGAUUGGAACAAUCCGCGAACCAUUCGGACAUUUUAAAUCUGUAAUAAAUUAUUUUAAUCCCAGACCAUUGUCAUUUGUACAAAGAGCAGUAGAUUCGUCAGACCCGAUUGGCGCUUUCCUGGCGCAUCCAAUGAAAUACGAGAACCCCGAAUUCAUUCGACAUUCCUUCACGAAUAAUCACCUCGCUUUUGAAUAUGGCGUCCCUCCGGAUAUCAUAAUAAAAAAGGACUUCAAAACUUUCGAAAAAUACCUCAAAGAAGUAUUAGAUAAACAAUUUAAAGUGGUGUUAACUGCCGAACGGUAUGACGUGUCACUGGUCUUAAUGAAAAGGAAAUUAAAUUGGUCUUUCAAAGAUAUAAUGUAUGCAUUGAAAAAUGUAAGAGGCGUGGCAAAGGUGGACCGAUAUCCGAUAAAGGAGGGGCACAAAGUUCUACAUAGAAAUUAUGCUGCUUUUGACUAUUUAUUAUUUGAAUUCUUUGACAACCGUUUAAGCAGGCAGAUUGAGGCUGAGGGAACUGGCUUCAUGGAAGAAGUAGCAAAUUUCAAGGAAAUACGUGAACAGGUAGAGUAUUAUUGUCACCUGCUUCCAGGAAAGAUACCAGCAUUAAAAAUUGAGAAAAAUAAGUGGACAGAGGGUUUUAAUAUGUCGCAAAAAGACUGUGAACUCAUGCAUAUAGGAGAAAUCCCAUUUGUACAAAUGAUUAGGAAAAAACAAUACGGGUCUGCAAACUGGUCAUUUGUUAAGAGAGUCGCACAAGGAAAACCUAGAAAAUAACAAAUAUCCCAACAAGUAAACAAAUAGUUUUCAGUUUUUGAUUAACCGCUGUCUGCUCCGUAAUGAAAUAGUGAAACUACUGCAGGCAAAAUCAAGGGAAAUCUGUAGAAACCAACGAUGACAAGGCCAAUGCUGCAGAGUCCAAUUGACUUGUGUAGGAGAUAUGCUGAGAUGUUGAAAAUGUCCCACACGCGCCAAGCAUAUACAUACAUGCAACUGAGCAUAUCAAAAACAUGUUACAGUGCAACUUCUACAGAGCGGGCAUCUGUAGAACACUUCUUUUUAACAACAAUUUCAUUUUUUCCUACAGUAAGACUUCUAAAUAUUUUAACCUUUGACACCUCCCUGCAACAACCAAUAUCUCCGUCUUCCACAGGGUGUUGAUCAACAGAGAUGCUUGUGCAUGUCAAUAUUGAGCUUUAUUCUGAUACAGCAAUGAGUGGUAAACGUUUUGAAGAAAUUUGAUGAUAGAUGUCAAAAUAAUAAUUGCCGUCCAAAGCAUACUGGGAAGAAUAUAUAGAGAAACAUGCGAGAUUUUAAAGUGAGAUAUCGAUUGCGCGGCUUUAAGUGAGAUACCGAUUGAGGAAUUUUAAGGUGAGAUAUAUUAGAUUGGCGGAUUUCAAAAUGAGAUAUCGAUUGUGGGAAUUUAGAGUGAGAUAUCGAUUGAGGAAUUUUAAAAUGAGAUAGCGAUUUUGGGAUUUAAAGGUAGGAUAUCGAUUGUAGGAUUUUUAAGUGAGAUAUUAAUUGCGGGAUUUUAAAGUGAGAUAUUGAUUGCGGGAUUUUAAAAGUGAAAUUUCAAUUGAGGGAUUUUACACUGAGGUAUCGAUUGCGGGAUUUUAAAGUGAGAUAUCGAUCGCGGGAUUUUAAAAGUGAGAUUUCGAUUGUGAUAUUCAAAAACUGCUGCUUAUGAGUAACAUAGGAUGCAAUUCGUGUUGGUAAAGCAGCACUGUUGAAAUUAGACACAUUCUCAGUGGGUGUGGUUAACUAGUCUAUAUUUUACUAGCUGUUUUUAUGUUCUAUUUUACAAAAAUGUUUAUUACCUGUUUUAAAAAGAGUGGUUAUUUUAAUACUCGUGUUCAUUUUUAGAGAUUUGAUGUGUUUUACAAACUUCUUUAAUAAAACAU